AUGCUCUUAGAAGGCCGCCGAGACGAACAGAGCGCUUUCCAAGCUAAAGACAUCGAAUCGACAUCGCCCGACAGCGCAACGAGCACCUUUGACGAAAUUGACGCUCUCUACAGACCGACGGGAUGUCGCAAUUGUGGUGGAUCUUUUCCUCACAAAGGUCUUUGCCCCGCGAAAGGCAAACAGUGUCGAAAGUGUGGCAAACUUAACCAUUUCCAAAGCGUUUGUCGAAGCAGACCUAUUGCACAACCAAGUGGCAGUCUCGCACAGCAAGACUCCACUCAGAAUUACCAUAGCAACGCCACACGAAACCCGAUGCGACCCCUCGAGCAUUACACCACCGGUGACUCAGACGACGAUUAUAUCUACGGAAUUCACAGCCUCGAUAAAAGCCCUCGAGUUAACGUCACAGUGGGUGGCCAUUCGUUUAGCACAAUAGUUGACACAGGCGCAACUAUAAAUGUGAUCGAUGAACGCACAUAUCAGACUUUGCGCGGUAUCUCUCUACAAAAGACAACGACGAAAGCAUUUGCGUACAACUCUACAACCCCGGUACCGUUCCUUGGGAAGUUUACGGGGUUGUAGAGUUGUACGCAAAUGCUUUCGUGUUUACAAACGCGCCGGAAAACGCGCCGGAAAAUUACCGCGGCGACCUUUUAUGUCGCACAGGGUUCAACAAGCGGAAACCUCUUAUCCUUGUCAACAGCCCAAGAACUGGAUCUCGUCAGUCUUCACCUCAACAACAUUUCCAAACCUUUGCCGCAAAAUCCUAAUAAAGAUCCCAAACUCAAUGACAUUCUCGAGAGAAAUGCCAAAGUUUUCGACGGAUUGGGAAAACUGAAAGGACAGACCGUCCACCUAAACAUUGAUCCCAAUGCUAAUCCUAAAGCUCAACCACAGCGCCGCAUCCCUUACCAUAUCCGAAACAAAGUUAAAGAUGCAAUCAUAACCCUUGAAAAAGACGACAUAAUCGAACGAGUGCCUGAAGAUGAACCAACCCCCUGGGUCUCUCCUAUUGUCGCC